AUGGGCGAGCCCCCUUUCCGAACCACUUCAAACAAAAAUUUAGACCAAAAAAUCCCCUUUCCCCCCAAAAACCCCAACAUCAAAAACCAACCUUCAGAGCCAAACAUCAAAACCAAACGUCAAAACCAAACUCCAGAGCCAAACUUCGGAGCCAAACUUCGGAGCGAGACCCACCUCCUGAAGGGCGCGAGGCUUCAAAUCGAAACUUCAGAACCAAACAUCAAAACCAAACAUCAAAACCAAACUUCAGAGCCAAACUUCAAAACCAAACAUCAAAACCAACCUUCAGAGCCAAACAUCAAAACCAAACGUCAAAACCAAACUCAAGAGCCAAACUUUAGAAAAAACUUCGGAGCGGACCCCCCUCCUGAAGGGCGCGAGACCCAAACUUCAAAAACCAACAUCAAAAACCAACCUUCAGACCCCAAACAUAAAAAACCAAAACGUCAAAAAAAAAACUCCAGAGCCAAACUUCGGAGCCAAACUUCGGAGCGAGACCCACCUCCUGAAGGGCGCGAGGCUUCAAAUCGAAACUUCAGAACCAAACAUCAAAACCAAACAUCAAAACCAAACUUCAGAGCCAAACUUCAAAACCAAGCAUCAAAACCAACCUUCAGACCAAACAUCAAAAAACCCAAAAACGUAAAAAAACCAAACCCAGACCCAAAUCGGAGAAAAACUUCGGGCAGCCACCUCCUAAGGGCGCGAGGCUUCAAUCGAAAUUUCAAAACCCAAACAAAAAAACCAAACAUCAAAACCAAACUUCAGAGCCAAACUUCAAAACCAAAACAUCAAAACCAACCUUCAGAGCCAAACAUCAAAACCAAACGUCAAAACCAAACUCCAGAGCCAAACUUCGGAGCCAAACUUCGGAGCGAGACCCCCCCCCCCCUGAAGGGCGCGAGAGCCAAAAACUCGGAGCCAAAAAUUUCGGGCGAGACCCACCUCCUGAAGGGCGCGAGGCUUCAAAUCGAAACUUCAGAACCAAACAUCAAAACCAAACAUCAAAACCAAAAAUUCGAGCCAAAUUUAAAAAAAACCAAACAUCAAAACCAACCUUCAGAGCCAAACAUCAAAACCAAACGUCAAAACCAAACUCCAGAGCCAAACUUCGGAGCCAAACUUCGGAGCGAGACCCACCUCCUGAAGGGCGCGAGGCUUCAAAACCAAACUUCAAAACCAAACAUCAAAACCAAACAUCAAAACCAAACUCCAGAGCCAAACUUCGGAGCCAAAUUCGGACGAGGCCCCACCUCCUGA